CAGGCGUCUGCUGCGGAGACAACAACAUACCUCUGUCGCUGUUGGAAGUUGAAUUAUGAAGGCGCAAAAACUGUUGGACAAAAUGGGAGAAGGCUCUUCGAUAAAAAACCUAUCUGGGAACCUAUAACUUGGAUGAGUAUCUUUUGUUGCGUCGAGGUGCUGCUGCUCUGGAUCAACAGCGUCAGACGUGGAUUUGUGUCGGCGGAGGAAAGGGCAGCUUGUGGCUGAAACACUGACAGCUGGGCUCUGCAAAGGGGAGGAAAAAUGAAGUUCGCCCAGUUUUUGUUGAAAAACGGCUCUCUAGCUGGUAUACCGAAACAAGUGGAGAAGUUUUCCAAGUUUUCCCCUUCGCCCUUAUCUAUGAAGCAGUUCAUUGAUUUUGGCUCUACAGAUGCAUGUGAGAAGACCUCCUUUGUGUUCUUGCGACAGGAACUUCCUGUCAGACUGGCUAACAUCAUGAAGGAAAUUGAUUACCUACCUGACAAGCUCCUUGGCACUCCAUCCCUGAAGCUCCUCACCAGCUGGUAUUCACAGAGUUUGCUGGAGCUCGUGGAGUUUUUAGAGAAAGAUCCAGAUGAUAAAGAUGUCCUGAAAAACUUCACGCAGAUCCUCGUAAACGUCAGGAACCGGCACAACAACGUGGUGCCCACCAUGGCUCAGGGCGUGUUGGAGUACAAGGAGGCCUUCGGGGUGGACCCCGUCACCAACCAGAACGUUCAGUACUUCCUGGACCGCUUCUACAUGAGCCGCAUCUCCACACGCAUGCUCAUGAACCAGCACACUUUAAUCUUCGAUGGCAGCGUCAACCCCGCCCACCCCAAACACAUCGGCAGCAUUGACCCCACCUGUGACGUCGUGGAGGUCGUAAAAGAUGCCUACGAGACUUCAAAAAUGCUGUGUGAGCAGUAUUAUCUCACCUCUCCUGAAAUGGAGAUCACAGAAGUCAACUCUAAAAGCUCCGACCAGCCCAUCCACAUGGUGUACGUGCCCUCCCACCUUUACCACAUGCUGUUUGAACUUUUCAAGAACGCUAUGAGAGCUACGGUGGAGACCCAUGAGGCGGCCCUGACGCUGCCUCCUGUCAAAGUGCGCGUGUCCCUGGGUGACGAAGACCUCACUAUCAAGAUGUCUGACAGAGGAGGCGGAGUCCCUCUCAGGAAGAUCGAGCGUCUCUUCAGCUACAUGUACUCCACAGCUCCCAGUCCCGUGCACAUAGAUAAUGCGCGUAAUGCUCCUCUGGCUGGUUUCGGCUACGGCCUGCCCAUCUCCCGCCUGUAUGCCAAGUACUUCCAGGGAGACCUGCAGCUCUACUCUAUGGAGGGCUACGGCACCUCAGCCGUCAUAUACUUGAAGGCCCUGUCCACGGACUCCGUGGAGAGGCUCCCCGUUUUUAAUAAGUCGGCCUUGCGGCAUUACCAGACCAGCACGGAGGCCGACGACUGGUGCAUGCCCAGCAAGGAGCCCAAGCAGCUGGGCAAAUAUGAGCGGACGCGAUGAUGGUGGACUCGUUCAACUGAGUGUGAUAUCACUGAGGAGAAGCAACAGCUCCUUUCCGCGUGCUACGGGACCUGGAGUUAAGCCGACAAAAUCUGGAAAAUGCUCAUUGUGAGUAUCAAAAAGGAGAAAUGCAAAACAAUAACCUGCUUUCAGACCCACCUCCACACCUAACAAAACCCUUGCAAAUAACUGUAUUUCUAUUAUCUAUGUGCUUCUUAUGGAAACGGAACAAGUAUUAAUCUCUCUUUGGGUCAGCGAUAGCGGGACGAGCACGUUAACGGUUUGUUUUUAUCAGUUGUUUCCUCUUUCAAGGUGUAUCAUUUCAAAGUCCACAGAUAAAUACUCCUUAGUGAUGUAAAAAAGUAAAGAAAAUUCCAGAGUAAAAGUUCUGUUUUUUGUGUUUAGUUGAAGGCGAAUCGGGGCAGGGGAAAAGUCCAGUCAGAACCAGCUCCAGCGAGGUUUCUCAGGUUAAAUCACGUCGCGUGAUCGGUUCAGUCAGCGUAAACGCAAAGGGAGCAAAGUCUGUUUAGAACUUUCAGCUGUCAUUUUCAGCUUUGCUACGUUAGCGCGACAGCUGCUGCACUGGGAUUAUUUCCUGCUUCGAAUGAUGGAGAUGUAACGAGUUGUUUCAGUUUAUUGGUAUUUUUAAAAUGAAAUGAAAAGAAAAGAUUGUGAAUGCAGCUAACCUUCCUGCUUUAAAUUACUGUAGCAAUAAAUCAAUGCACGCACGCCUAAAUGACUUUUAAGCUGAGUCAUUUUAAAAAUGCUUCUGUUGUUAGAUGUUAAGGUGCCUAUGAAAUGAAAAUGAGACAGACUGAAAGUAAUUUAACCUUUUAUUAACUACCUUUUUAACUUGCUUAACGACAAGUUGGGAGGGUGCGUUAAUCCACUCCGUCAGAUGCAUACAGAUGUUGGAGCAACACAUGCUGCCAUCCAGAUGUAUUUUACCCAACCAGGUACAGCAUGAGCGUAUGUAACGCCCUCCUAAAAUAAUCCAGGUGCCCACUAGUCUCCCUGGGGUCCGUGUAGAGCCGUCACACAGAAAGGAUGUGGUGCUUUAUUGAAGACAAACAUGAGAAGUGAGGACAUACGUGAGCUGAGGACAUUACGCUACGUCCCAUUUCAAGCUUUGUCGCUUCUGAUAUUAACUUAUGUAUUUUGAAAUGUGUUAUUCACAGACAAGUAACAUUUUUCAGUUUGAUUAUUAACAUUUAGUCUAUUUUCAGAUGAACUUGGUGUUUAAAUGAAUUGCAAGCAUGAAUAUUGUUUUUUGACUUUUAUUUCCAACUUCUUUGUGAAAUGUUGAAUGAAUCUGUUGCAGAAGACGGACCUUCAGGUCCCUGUUAUGUAACACGUUGUAAACCAUUAUCCUGUUAUCUGGCAGCCGCACACACACACUGAGUGUGACAGACACGUGAGAGCGAUUCAGAAAAACGCUGGACUGAUCUCGCAGACACGGGCUCGUGCAGUAUGGACUGAAGUAACAGUGCCACAUGUGUCUCUGUGACAUCCCUGUCAUACUUUCAUUCGCUGUUUUUUUUUCUGUGUCCUGCCUUCUUUGCCUAGUUUGAAGCCUUUUGGGAUUGCUUUCAUGUUUUGUUUAAUUUUGUGAAACACCUCCGAUUUCAGACCCCUGUUGUACGCUGUAAGCAUCACUCUAAGGCCAAGUGUUACUGUGCUCAGUUUGUGGUUCGUCACUAAAAGGACCAGUGAAUGUUGAGAAUAAACUUCUCAUGUGAACUCCAA